AGCCGACAAGCCAACUCCAACAUUGGAAGAUGAUAAAGAGCAAACAGUUAGCCAAGCGAUGUCUGAGAAGAAAGUAACUUUAGAAAAACCAGGAUUCCAAUUCUCAGGUUUCAGCAAAUUCAGUUCAGAACAGAACCUCUGAGUUAAAACAAGUUAUGGACGGUGCCAUUCCAAAGGCAAGUUUAGAAGACCUUGACGAGCAAGAAGAAAAUCAGAUGGACAAGAAUAUCAACACUGGAACAAAAGCUAUAGUGCGGGAAAAUGAAGUCGAUCAUGAUUUAAGUCCACAGAUACCAUCGACUGCUCCUACAUGGCAGGAAAAGCACAUGAGCCUCGAAAGCAAUAAAGAGAAGAGGGCGAUUAACGUGUCGGAACCCAAGUCGAAAAAUCGGUCAGCACAGGGAAUCACUAGUAAAGCUUCUAAUAAAUUACACACGACGAAAUUGAAUCCUAAGGCUGAAUUAAUAAAAGAACAAAUCAUUUCGAUGGAAGUUUUACCCAAGAAAAUAAAGAAAGCGAAGCCAAAAGCUAAUCUUACGAAGAAAAAAAUUAAAACUAUACAAAGAUUCCCUCAGCCUGAUUUUGAUAUGGCACAGGAGCCGGACGGACGGAAAGAACAAAGAUACCAAAGCGGAAAAUUUUGCAAUAACCGUAGAAGAAAGCAAACCCAAACGCGCAAGAAAAACGAAAUCAGAUCGCAUAAAUAAUGUCACAGUUACCAGUGAGCCCGCAAAGUCUCCAAAGUGUAAUAAUAAAAAUUAUUUGCAAACAGACAACAUUGAAGGAAUUACAGCUGCUCAGAAAAAUGGUGAGUUUUUCCAGCGUUCUAAAAGUGAUAUAAUACAAAACUCAAUUUGAUAAAAAUUAAUUUAGACUCUAAAAUGGACAAAGCAAACGGGUUAAAAAUUGAAAAACCCAAAAAGCACUGUGAAAUCAGUGAGAGAGCAGCUAACUCAGAAAGUUUCCCUAAAGCAGAAAUACAAGCGGUUGAACCUGGAUUCGAAAAACUGCGUAGAAA